AUGAAAGUCUUCACACCAAUCUUUGUGUUAAUGGCAUUCGCUACCUCCCAGGUUAUUGCUGCACCUGCAGUCGAGGCUGCAGACCUGGAGACGCGCGCCGACUAUUGCGUUGAUAUCAAAGUAUGCCACGGCUACAACUACGAGGGCGGCUGCUAUAAAGAAUGUAGGAGGCCCGGUCAGGCUUACGAUAUCAAAAAAGCAUAUCGGAAAAAUGCCGGCUCGUUCAAAAUUGGGACCAAAGGUUAUAACUGCCAGAUUGGAUCUACCGAUCAAGGCACGGACCCAGUGGACUACCCUGGGAUCAAGAGAUUCAAGGAUGGAUGGAUCAACAACAUUGAAGGAUAUCAGUGCAACAAAGUCUAA